UUCUCCUCCUCCUCCUCUUGCUGCCCGCUGUGUCUAUUUCAGCUGCAGCUCUGCGGCUCCACUUCUCACUGUCUGACUAAACGGGGAGAAGAUAUGGCGAACCGGGUCAUCGUGUACGGAGGGAGAGGCGCUCUGGGCUCAAAGUGUGUCCAGCAUUUUAAAUCUAAGGGAUGGUGGGUCGCCAGCGUCGACAUUGCUGCUAAUGAGGAGGCGAAUGAAAACGUAAUUGUGAAGUUGACGGAAUCUUUCACCGAGCAGGCAGGACAGGUGACGGCAGAUGUGGCCCAGCUGCUGGGGGAAAGCAAAGUGGAUGCCAUCCUGUGUGUGGCAGGCGGAUGGGCUGGAGGGAACUGCAGUUCCAAAGAUUUUUUCAAGAACUCUGAUUUGAUGUGGAAACAAAGCGUGUGGACGUCAACCAUCUCCAGCCACCUCGCCGCUCGCCAUCUGAAAUCUGGGGGUCUGCUUACCUUGGCAGGAGCAAAAGCAGCUCAAUCAGGCACUGGAGGUAUGGUGGGCUACGGCAUGGCCAAAGCUGCCAUCCACCAACUGUGUCAGAGUCUGGCAGCAAAGAACAGCGGCAUGCCGGCAGGAGCGGCAGCUGUUGCUAUCCUACCCGUUACCUUGGAUACACCGAUGAACAGGAAGUUCAUGCCUGAUGCAGACUACAGCUCGUGGACGCCGCUGGAAUACAUUGCAGAAAUGUUCUUUGGCUGGGCCACAGGGGAGAACCGACCCGCUUCAGGAAGCCUGAUGCAGCUUCUGACCUCCGGAGGAGAAACUCAGGCUGUGGCCGCUCAGUAGAGGACAGGGCAGAAUUGUGGAGGUGGUGUUGGGGUUGGUAGCGCAGGGAGAGAGGUAACAAGGACAGGGUGGAUGCUGAAAUGAGGAGCAGCAGCACAAUAACUGCAGACAGAAGAGCAGGAAGACAAUGUGAGGGCAUAAUGAGGAGAGAAAAUGACACAAUAGAUGGCCUCAUGGGUUUAAUGUGAAGGAAGGGAUGGGAGGGGGCUUCCUUUGCAAAUACAGUCACACAGCGCCAUCUACUGUUCUUCUGUAACAGGCGAUCCAACUGUAUUAAUCUGCAGUAAUGGAAAGGCAGUGUUGACCAAUGAACCAUCAAUACUUAAUCAGAGUAUUCAAUUUCAUUUAGAGGAGCAGUGAUGUGAAAUUGUGCUAAAUUAGAUAUAUUACAUUAUUACAUAGUCAUAUACUUGAGGCUCAUUUGGCUGGGUGAGGGGGUGGAGGACAUCUGUGAAGUCUUACUGUUCGGAUUUUAACUGCAACGGAUGUCAAAACAGUUUUAAAAUGCUGAAAAUUCAGGAGAAUUUCACUAUAAUCCCCAGUCUCUUUUAAAUGUGUGUGUUCUUGUCUUUCCACCGUCAGAUGUGAGGUGUGUGGAGCCUUUAGCUCACUCUUCACUGUAAAUCCUGUCCGCCAGACAAACUCAACGUAAGCCGCCGUCUGCUUCCAGAUGAACAAUACCUGUAAAAGUGGAGUGGCCUUAUUUUCUAUGUAGCUUUUGAGAUUCAAAGUGUCCCUUAUGUCAUUGGUGGAAAAGGUGCUCUGAUCCGCUUGUGAGUUUUCUAAGUGUUGUCUUGUAACUGUGAAAAUUCACAAUAAACUGGUUAAAAACUUCUAA